UGUUGAACUGAUAGAUUCCAAUGGUUUAUGUUAAGAAAUUAAGUUUAACGAUGAAAAAUAUGUCGUGCCUACCAUUUGCGUUAUUAAUGUUGUGUACAUGUUUAGUGUCAGCUAAACGCGUACAUUAUGGUGAUUAUUACGAAUAUAAUGGUGAAGAGGCAAGAGGAGCAGCAAAUAAUAAUAAUGACGACAACAACAAUAAUAAUAAUAACAAUAACAACAACGCUGCCAUACUAAGCAGUUUUCUUGGCUUAGGAAAUGGCUGCGGAUCAAACUGCGGAAACAAUGAUCAUCAUCAUGACCACCACCAUUAUGACAAUGACCGACCACCAUGGUGGCAAUAUGGGGGACCAGGAUUUGGUGGUGGUGGCUGGCCAUCAUAUGGUGGAUACGGUGCGGGUUUUGGUACAGGAGGCUGGGGAGGAUACCCUAUUUGGCUUGGAAGAGUUUCAUAUCCAGUUCAAACUAUCCAAACCAAUGUAGGAACCGGAGUUAGUUUAGAUAAUGGAGUUCGCAAUACAGAUGGUAGCACUACGUACUCGUACUUGUGGGGAAGCAUACGUUAUAAUUUAGAUGGUACUCAAACUGUGUCUAUUCGUGGAAUCGGCUCAUACAGAAUUAACACAAAUGGAACCAUAACUACGUUAACUCGUUUGGCUUCCGUCCAAGAAGAUGAUCAAACAGAAUCAACACAGCAAUAAAUUAUAUACGUGUAAAGUUGAUCGCGAGAAGUUUUACUUUUUUAAGAAGUUUCAUUUCAAAUGAUGAGUUUUAAGACAUAAAAUUUAAAACAGUUGAAACUUAAAAAAAAAUGAUAUCGGAAGAGUCAUUAGCAUUAUUUAUUCUACACAAAAAUUUAUUUAUUUGAAUCAUCAAUAUAUCUCUUAUUUUAUGAUUGAAAUAAAAAGAUAGACUACAUUUUAAUGAUUUUUUUAACUGUUUUCAAAAAAAGUGAGCCUAUAAUUGAAAUCGUUCUGUACGUACAACAGGUAUGCGUUCUAUUAAUCAGAAUUAAAUGUAUGAAAUAAAAUGUACAAAUACCGUUGCUAUUAAUGACAUAUUGUUCUUCCAUAUCGACUGUGUGAAUAUCGCUACACAAAGAAAUUCGUAACCGUUUUUAAAUAAAAAAAUCUCAUUUUUGUAUGAAUCUCACCAAAA